AAUAGGCUACACGAAAUACACACACACACACAUUUUGCGUGUCACACCAGUUUAAACUGAUAUCAAACAUCUUUAACUUGGUCCCAAAUCCUGACAAGGAACAAUGCGUUUUAGUACACACUUUAAGCCGUAUGUUCUGCUUCUCGUUGUUGGAAUCUUCUUGCUUAUUGGGUAUGUCUACUUCAGCUUAUUCUCUGAAAGGCUCAACCGAGAUAUCCCAGUUGAUGAGGACGUGAAGAGCAGCAGCCUGAGUAAGCCCAUGGUCAGGAGCAGAGUAUGGAACAUGGUCUCUCCAGAAAAGCUUUUGUACAAGCAGCCCAGUGUCUUGGUGGGACGUACUGAUGUGGUGACAGUGACCCCAUGGUUGGCAUCCAUCAUCUGGGAAGGCACCUUUGACCCUGUGCUCGUUGACAACAUCUACAAGCCCAUGAACCUCACCAUAGCAACCACAGUGUUUGCAGUUGGAAAAUAUGUCAGCUUUCUCCGAGAUUUUCUGGAGACAGCGGAGAUGCACUUCAUGGUCGGCUUCAACGUGCGCUACUAUGUUUUCACUGAUCGUCCCCACGAUGUUCCUUCGGUGAACCUAACUCAGGGGAGACAUUUAAGUGUGAUCCAGGUCCCAGGUUCAAACCGCUGGCAGGAGAUAUCAGCCCGGAGGAUGGAGAUCAUCCAGACCACCAUUGAAAGUCAGAUCCGAAGGGAGGCCGACUACAUCUUCUGUCUGGACGUGGACAGCAAGUUCCACGCUCGCUGGGGGGCCGAGUCUCUUGGAAGACUGGUUGCUGUGAUACACCCAGGCUACUAUGAUCAGACCCGUGCCAACUUCCCAUACGAACGGCGUCCAGCCUCGAUGGCCUACAUCCCCAUGGAUGAGGGAGACUACUACUAUGGUGGGGCUAUGAUUGGAGGGUUCGUGGAGGAUGUGUACACACUUACAACGGUAUGUCGGAACCGGUUUGCGGUGGAUGCUGGGAAUUCCAUCGAGGCUGCCUGGCAGGAGGAGAGCCACCUCAACAGGUACCUGCUCUAUAACAAGCCCAGCAAGGUGUUGUCUCCUGAGUACCUGUGGCAGGACUUCAAGGCCAAACCCAAAGAGGUCAAAGUCAUUCGCUUUUCAGGGGUCAUUAAAAACUAUGCUGAAGUUCGUCCCAAUGUAUAAAAAGAGGAAGUGGAUAUUUGACCAGCAGAAAAAAACUAAAUUCAGUCUUAGCGGUAUAAAUUCAUUGUGGUUAUGGUUAUGUUUAGGUUUAGGAACAAGGGUUAGGUUAGGGUUGCGUUCGGGUAUAAUUUUGUUGAGUUACGUUUGUGGGUUGCGGUUCGGGAAAGGCAUAAUAAUACAAAAAAAAUUGGGGGAUACUGAAAUUUGACCUGCUACAAACGUGGAUGUUUUUUAGAAUUAGGCUGUAAUGUAACAAAAUGGGGAAAAGGUGAAGGAGUCUGAACACUUUCCAAAUGCACUGUAUUGAAAUGUUUGUUGAAGAUGAAAGGAGGAGCUUUAUUAUAUUUUCACCUUUAUUUAACUAGGCAAGUCCAUUAAGAACAAAUUCAUAUUUUCAAUGACAGCCUAGGAACAGUGGGUUAACUGCCUGUUCAGGUGAAGAAUGACAGAUUUGUACCUUGUCAGCUCUGGGAUUUGAACUUGCAACCUUCUGGUUACUAGUCCAACACUUUAAACACUAGGCUACCCUGCCACCCCUAUCACAGCCACAAAUGAGAAGUUGUUUGAAUGAUUCAUAUUACAAACAUGUAGGACAUUGCAACAAAUGAGUCACACUUAUCAGAACAGUUUCUCAUCUUUGAGCUCCCCUGUAACAACGAUUAUGACCAACAAACAAAUGGUUUAGUUGUGGAGAGAUGCAGAAAUAGGGAAUACAUAUCAUCUAGGUACAAGCAAUGUUCCCUCUAAGCUGAGCACAGCUCCCCUCGGACUGCCAGCAGAAGAAAUAUCAGCCUGCGGAGAGAACGCAAGACUAAGGCCCAUACUCUACAGAGACUGGUGCGCCAUAACCAAUCAGAGCUGCAGUUGGCCUAUAUGCAUAUAGCCAUUGCCAUAUAUGGAUCUGUGCCAUGCAAUUUAAUAAACUGGACUGUGUUUAUAUCAUGA